GAUUGAUCGAAUCCCAGUUGUUGCAGUCGCGUUAUCCGCAGCCAUUGAAAUAUGGUUUACAUAGCGCAAUGGGACGAGUUUUCGGUGUCGUCGGAGAGGUUAUUCCUGUCCUCGCCCUUGAAGACUCGAUUCAGCUUUAAGUAUCGGGCUGCUGAAGGCGCAUUCGUGUUGAAGGUAACAGAUGAUAAGACCUGCCUUCAGUACAAGAGUAAUCUGAAAAGCGACAUUCGGAAAAUGGAGGCGUUGAAUAUGCGUUUGAUGGACCUAAUGACAACAAGGGAACCAGAUGUAGAUGCAGAGGAGGAUGCGAAGGACGGAAACGCCGUUUCUCAAUAA